CAGACUAUAUCCUUAUUUCAGCCAUCAUGUCGGAGCACGAGAACGCAAAGCUCGCUGCCCACGGGCUAGAUAGUGGCUGGGACCACAUCACUCAGGGCAGGGCAAGGAAUGCACAUCAACACGGAACAUUACACGAUGUCAACCAGGCCACCGUAUCGCAAGUGGCCCGUCCAGAGUUUAUGAAACUUGGCAACCCUGGUCCACUUGGAUUGCUCGCUUUUGCAAUCACGACGUUUGUAGUUGGACUCUAUGAAUGCGGUGCUGGACUCCCCAACUCGAACCCAGAGGGCAACGUUGGGCCGAACCAAGCUGCCUUCGGCAUUGUGAUGUUUAUGGGUGGUACGGCCCAAGUGCUCGCCGGACUGAUGGAAUUCCGUGUGGGAAAUACGUUUGGAACAACUGUCCACUGUGCUUACGGUGCAUUCUGGCUGAGCUACGGAAUGUUCCUACUACCGUAUCUCGGUAUUGAAGACGCCUAUAAAGGUGACAAGAGAGCCUACACAUUUGCCAUCGGGAUCUACUUGAUCUUGUGGUGCUUUCUCACAUUCUUGUUCUUCCUUGCUGCUCUCCGGACGAACAUUGCUAUUCUAUCUGUCUUUGUCACCCUAAUCCUGGCGUAUUUGUUUCUCAGUCUCGCCAACUUCACUGCUACAGAGCAUGCCACUGCCAGUAUGAAUCUGAAUAAAACCGGCGGUGCUCUUGCGGUUGUUUGUGCUGCCUGUGCUUUUUAUGCAGGCGCGUCCGGCCUUAUGGUGCCUGAAACUACCUGGGUCCGUUUUCCGCUCGGCGAGAUCGAGGGCCCAUGAUGGUGGAUGUUGCUUUAGGAUGAUUGAAUCUCAAUUGAUGCCUAGAAGCAGAUCCAGCUCCCUUCCUACUUAACUCCGAAACUAUAGCUUUCAGUUUGAUCAACGCCGGUGCCGCAGUGCCGGAUCACUCCAAUGACGGGAUAUUCUACACUAAAAGCGGAGUCUAAACCUGAGUAUGUCUAGUUUAUU